AUGAGGCAGCCCGACCCAAGGAAAAAUGAACAUGGAAAAUUUGAUGAAAUCUUGUCGGUUUACGUUGUCACCAUCCCACUAACGUGUGUACUUAGUUCUGAAUCUUGGGUUCUACCAUUGAUAAACAAACAGCCUAAAAGUCCUAACCUGUUUACCUUUGAAGGUCCUUGGUUAUUGAAGUCAAUGCAAAAUCUUGGGUCCCUUGUUCUAAAAACCUACAAUUUGGUUUUGAAAUCUUCUGGUUCAUGGGUCAAUAAUUAUAAUCCUGUCCAAUUGGCUGCUAGAACCACUCAAAAUAGCAACUUGAAGUUAAAAGGAAAAACAUUGAGUCCUGAAGAACAAGGAGAAGCAGAGAGUAGAGCUUUUGCAUCAGCCCUAGCGAGUGGGAAGGAGGCCACAGUGAUUGAGUUUUACUCCCCUAAAUGUAGUUUAUGUAAUUCCUUACUUAAAUUUGUCAUGGGAGUGGAAAAUAGGAAUUCAGAUUGGCUCAACAUUGUCUUGGCUGAUGCUGAGAAUGAGAAAUGGCUGCCUGAGUUUCUCCAUUACGACAUCAAAUAUGUUCCUUGCUUUGUGUUGUUGGACAAAAAUGGGGGCGCACUUGCAAAGACAGGUAUUCCAAGCAGUCGGCUGCACGUGGUGGCAGGUCUCUCUCAUCUUCUCAAGAUAAAGUAUCCAACAUGUGGUGGUAGCUCUUGCUCGUCUUCUCAUGAAUGAAAUUUUUACCAUUUUAAGUUCAAUGAAGACGGGUAAGAGGUGCUUGCAGUGCCUUAAUAUGGAACUGUAGUAAAUUAGGGGCAGUAGAGUUGCUGUAAAGUGGGUUGUAAUGGGUCCUUAAGAUGAAGAAUUACAGUUGACAGCUUAAUUACUGUUAUCCAUGAUAUUUUGGGACAUUGCUGACAACUGUCUUUAUGAAUAAAGCAAAUUGAUACGAGUUU